AUUCCAGCGCAAUGAGCUUAAGAUGGGCAAUAUCGCUGGAAGAAACGAUAACUUCAUCUACAUUCCAAAAUAUGUUUAGACGGGCUAUUUUGUGUGCAUCGGAAAGUGAUGUGGAGCAGCAGAGACGGUUUCGAUAUAAAGAAGAUGCAUUGGCAUGUCUGAUAGGAAGAUUAAUUCCAAGAAAAGCUGCCACUAUAUCAAUAUCUCGUCAGUGGUCAGAUCUAGAGUUUAGUCGGAAUGAAAAUGGAAAACCAUCUCUUAUUCAAAAUAAAUCAGACUAUUCUCGUCAAAACUUCGAAUACAACGUAUCGCAUCAUGGUGAUCUAGUUGUAUUAGCUACCGGAGAUACUAGAAUAGGUGUCGAUGUGAUGAGAGUUAAUGAAGCUCGGCGUGAGACUGCUAGUGAACAAAUGAAUACGUUGAAGCGACAUUUCAGUGAAAAUGAAAUAGAAAUGGUUAAAGGGGGAGAUAAAUGUGAACUUAAAAGAUGGCACGCAUUCUACAGAAUUUGGUGUCUGAAAGAAUCAAUUCUAAAAGCUACGGGAGUUGGACUUCCAGAUGGACUGCACAAUCAUACUUUCCAAGUAGAUUCCAGUUAUGAUCACGCGUCACUCAACAGUUUCAACCCAAUAUUAUCAUCGUUUGAUUCCACAACCACAAUGGAUUUUUGAAGAGUCAUUUAUUGGAGAGAAUCAUUGUGUCGCUGUUGCUUCAGAAGUAUCUCCGUCUACUACUUCCUGUGCUAUACCAUUUCAAAUGAUGUCUCUCGAAGAAAUUCUCCAAGACGCAGAUUUUAUAAAUAUUACAGCUGAUGUAGAUGAAGAACUUGAUGUAUUUAUGGGAAAAUCAAAUAAACCAUUUUGAGAUCGUCAAAAAAAAAGAAAAACAAACAGAUGAAGACAGCACAC